CUUAUGUAAAUACAAAAGACAAGACAGCACAAUUUCUGCAAAUCUGGCAGUAGUUUGUCAUUUAACAUCACUGCAAAUUGCACUUUGUCAAAAUAUAAGUAAACAGUGACGUCACCAGCAAACAUAAAAGUACAGUCCAGAAACUUACGCUGAAGUGAAAAGCUUCAUGUGGAAGAUGAAGUGGAUAUUCAUUGCGCUAAUGGGAUUCCUCCCCCUGAGCCUGGCUCAAGAUGUACCCCCAAAAGAACCGGAGAUAGAAGUGACGCCAGCAACAUAUAUGGUUACAUCUCCAAAAGUGUUGAGACGCGGCACAGAUCUUGAGAUUGGAGUAACCAUUCUCGCUGAAAGUGGACCAGUGCAAGUUACAGCAACACUUACAAAAGGAAAGGUGACAUAUACGUCAGGCUCUGCAACCAUUGAGAACUCUGCUGUUGUUUCAAUACCUGUUCCUACCAGUGCUGAUGAAGGAGCCUAUACUUUGACAGUAACUGGUUCAGGAGGUUUAACCUUUACUGACUCCGCAACCUUGACCCUUGACCCCCAUAGUGUCUCAGUUUUCAUACAAACUGACAAGGCCAUCUAUAAACCUGAGCAGCUUGUCCAGUUUCGAGUUAUGCCUGUAAAGCCAGACCUUACUCCCCUUGGACUACCUGUGGAUAUACACAUCACGGAUAAGAAUGAUAACAAAAUAAAACAAUGGUUGAAUCAGACAUCAGAUACAGGGAUCAUCUCAAAAUCCCUACAACUUUCGGACCAACCUCCAUUGGGAGACUGGAAGAUAACAGUGAAGGUUUUGGAUGAGAAAACAGAGAAGGUGUUCACAGUGGAGGAAUUUGUGUUACCCAAGUUUGAGGUGAAAAUCAAUCCCAGCAAACCAUAUGUAUUAAAUGGUGGAAAUGAGGAUGACACAGCCAUUUCAGGAAACAUUGAAGCAUUGUAUACCUAUGGAAAGAAUGUGAAAGGCAAAGUAUCUCUGCAGGUGUACUUAAAAAAUAACAGGAAUAAAGUGACAAAAACCUAUAAGAUUGACGGUAAAGUGGCGUUUUCUGUUCCAAUUGCUGAUCUGAAGAGAGUAUCUAGAGAGAAUACUAUUCACUAUUUUGACAUUGUAUGCAUAGCAGAGGUUACAGAAGAUUUGACAAACAUUAAGCUGUCUUCAGAAGAAUUGACAAUACCAAUACAUCAAUAUGGGAUCAAGCUAAAAUUUAUGGAAGCAUCUGCUGAUAAUCUUAGACCUGGAUUGUCCUAUACAGCAUAUGUGAAAGCAUCCAAGCCUGAUGGGUCACCCCUUGAUGCAGGUCAUGGAAAGAGCAUCAAAUUUUCUGCAACAACAAAUUACGAAAAUGAUGGUACUGGUAAAUAUAAAGAAUCCACGACUGUUGACAGCACACAUGUCAUUCCUGAUGCUGGUGUUGUAGUCGUGCCCACUACAGAUAUCGCCAUGGAUAUUAGCUCAAUGCGUUUGGAGGCAACACUGGUGUCAAACCGCAACAUCCGAGCAGAUUCGAAAACUGUUUCGAAAUUUUCGACAAAGACAAAUGCAGGGGUCCAGAUCAGCUUAUUGACGGCACUGGAAAAUAUGAAGAUGGUUGUUAGGUUAAAAGCUGUAUGUGUCACUUUUCUAUACCUAACCCCUAGAAAUGCAAAAGAUACUCUGUUGGUCUAA